UAUAGAAAAUAUACUCCUAAACAAGUUGAGAAACUCUUCGACUUAAUAAUCGAAGAAGGAUUCACGACAAAAGCUGCAGCUUUAGCCACUGGGAUUAAUGUACGCACUGCCCAGAAUUACGUUAAAACUUAUAACAAUGAUCCUGAGAGACGACUUCCAGGAUCUUAUUCUAAACCUCGUGGAAGACCUCGUAAUAAGUUGACUGAGGAGCAUUCUAAAUUUCUAGUUGACUAUAUCGAAAAGAAUACCACUGCUAUAUUAGAUGAGUUAAAGUUAAAACUUUGUGAGAAAUUUGAGGGUUUGAAAAUCUCUAUUUCUGCCAUCCACAAACAUUUAGUACAUAAGCAUAGUAUUACGUUAAAGAAACUUGAAAAAAUACCAGCAGCAAGAAAUUCUGACAGAGUAAUAGCAUUACGAAAAGCGAUUAGUGAUGCAGAUAUGAAUUUUUCUAAGAAUUGUGUUUUUAUUGAUGAAGCAGGUUUCAAUUUGCAUACACAAAGAAACCACGGCCGCUCAUUAAAAGGCACACCUGCAAAGGGCACUGUACCAACUGGAAAAGGUGUAACAUUUAUAAUUUUAGGUACAAUUUCUCAAGCAGGUAUCAUAAAUAUUGGAGUUAAAAAACCAGAAUCAGCUUCUUCUAAAAAAAGAAGGGCAGAUGGUAAGGAAGUAAAAAUAAAUGGCAAAGUUGGGACAAGAACUGAGCACUUUUUGGCUUAUCUAAACAACGUAAUGGAUACACUAGAUAAAAAUAAUAUAAAGGGGCAGUAUAUUGUUAUGGAUAAUGCACCUAUUCAUAAGCCAAAAGUAAUCAAAGCAUUGAUCAAAGAACGA